AUUGCUUUAUAAAGCCAUGCCUGGGGUCAUCUUUGGCUUGUGAGAACUGGCCAUAAUAGAGAGGUGACAAGUAAGAGCAGCAGGUGAAAAUUUCGUCUAAGGAUCAGUUUGAGGAAAUUUUGUCAAAGAUUAUAGACAGCAGAUUAGAGAUCAAAGAGAGGAAAGUAACGCGUGCAUCAGGUAAAAGCAAAGCUGAUACCGAGCAUGAUACUUAGUUGUAACUUGUAAGUAGUGCUUCAACAACAUGCUCAACUUACAUUUGAGUUCCUUUUGGAGACAGAAAAUGUACCAUCAUCAGCACCAACAUCAAGGGAAGAACAUCCACCCUUCUUCGAGAAUGUCUAUUCCUCCUGAGAGGCAUUUGUUCCUGAAAGGUGGGAAUGGCCCUGGAGAUUCUGGUCUUGUUCUCUCAACUGAUGCCAAGCCAAGACUGAAGUGGACGCCUGACCUUCACGAACGUUUCAUAGAAGCUGUCAAUCAGCUUGGAGGAGCGGAUAAGGCCACUCCUAAAACCGUCAUGAAACUAAUGGGGAUUCCCGGCCUUACCUUAUACCAUCUCAAGAGUCACCUUCAGAAAUACAGGCUAAGUAAAAAUCUCCAUGGACAAGCUAAUAAUGGAAGUAACAAAAUAGGUGCAGUUGCAAUGGCUGGAGACAGAAUGCCUGAAGGAAAUGGGACGCAUAUGAAUAACUUAAGUAUUGGACCUCAGACAAACAAAGGCAUACAGAUAGGGGAAGCACUGCAAAUGCAAAUCGAAGUACAAAGAAAGCUGCAUGAGCAGCUUGAGCAGGUACAGCGACAUUUACAGCUGCGCAUUGAGGCUCAAGGGAAAUACUUACAGGCAGUGCUGGAGAAAGCCCAAGAGACUCUUGGAAGACAAAAUUUGGGGACCGUGGGGCUUGAAGCAGCCAAAGUUCAGCUAUCUGAACUGGUGUCUAAAGUGUCCAACCAAUGCCUGAAUUCAGCAUUCUCAGAUUUGAAAGACUUGCAGGGUUUGUGCCCCCAGCAAACACAAGCAAUUCCACCCACUGAUUGUUCAAUGGAUAGUUGCUUGACCUCCUGUGAAGGAUCUCAGAAAGAGCAAGAAAUACACAACAAUGGGAUGUGUUUAAGACCUUACAAUAGCAGCUCACUCUUGGAGCAAAGAGAUCAGAUAGCAGAAGAUCCACUACUACCGCAAAAUGGGCUGAAGCCAUUCGAAGACAUAAAAGAGAGCAAAAUGUUUCUCUCCUCAAUAGGCAUAGAUGCAGAAAGAAGAAUGUUUUUUGCAGAUCGAAGCUCCAGUGAUUUAUCCAUAAGUGUAGGAUUCCAAGGAGAGAAAGGGCAUGGCAGCAACAACAACAACAACAACAGCAGCAGCAACUUUUCUGAGAGAAAUUUUGAAGGAAGAAAUGAAGAAGAUAGUUUCCUAGACCAAGGAAACAAAAGGGCAGAAACGGUUAACAGACUACCAUACUUUCCCACAAAGCUGGAUUUAAAUGUCCAUGACGAAAAUGAUGCAGCUUCAAGCUGCAAACAGUUUGACCUGAAUGGUCUCAGCUGGAGCUGAAAGGAUUGAUUCUUCAUGACUAGAGAAAGUGAAAGAGACAAAGUUCAGGAUAUUGGUAUAAUCCAAUCUUAGUUAAACAUUCGAAAAGGAGACUCGGGGAAGAAAAUGCUGCUGUUUCUGAAUUCUGAUUCAGGCCAGCCUGCCAAACCAAAAUCAAAUUCAAUCUUAAUUGAAUAAGUUUGCAGCAACAAAGCUAGAUAGCUUCUUGCAACUACAUAACAUUAGAUAUUUCCAGCUGAUCAAUGUAGUUUUUUUUUUAAUCUUUUUUCUAUCUGAUCAUGUAUCAUUUAAGACGAGACCUGAUGGAUUGCAGGAAACAUAGCUUGAUCUGAUUAGAGCUUUGCUUUCAUUUGUACCAGAAUAACUUUUCAAUUUUAACAUGCCAAUAUAUCACAUAA